AUGCCGGCCGCCGAAGCAUCCCCCGUCGCAUCUUCCGAUUCCGGUUUUGUCAUGAUGGAAGACCGGAAGAGAGCCGCUGCCUACGACCAUAAUGAUUCUGCUCCACCGUUGAAAAAGCAAGCGACUUCGGUCAAUGGUGGUAGUAAACCCCAUCCCGACGCUGAUAUGCCCUGGAAAGAUGACCUGGAGCGUUUCCAAAAGGACGCAAUAUGGCGCCAGAUGCAGGAGUACAAACGUGAGAAGGUGUCGCUCGAGGCCAAGCUGAAGGAGAUGUCCAAAGCUACCGCCUACCACAAUGACCAUCUCCGUAUCAUAGAUACCUGGUAUAAGCAAUUGGUCGACGAGGUCAAAUUGCUCAUGGGCGCUGCCGAAGAGGAUGCCAAGGAACGCCCGGCUUUCCAAAGCAGCCUGCUGUUCGAUGAUGUCGACAAAUUCGAGAAGCACUUAAAGUCUCGUUCGGAGGAUAUCCGCCAGGUCAUCUCUAGCUUACUGUCCAAAUCCCCCAGGACCACACCCGAGGCUUCAGAGUUACAGACUCAACUCGCCAAAAAACUUGCUGAGGAGAAAGCCACCAUCGCAGAAUUAGAGAAAGCCUUAUCUGAAAAGCAGCAACUCGAAGAAAGUCUCGAAGAAGCCUCUUUACGGUACAUGGUAGCCGAGAAAAAGCUCGAUCGUGCACGGAGCUUGACGGUUGCCAAAUUAGAGAAGCAGUACAUUCUAGGAGCCCAACGCCCCGGCGGCGAUAGUGCGUCUGCACCCAAGGAAGAGCCUUCCGCGUCCAACGGCGCGACCCCUAGCGGCGAGCGGAGUCCUGCCCUGGAAGAAGCCCACAGCAAACUUGUCGCCGUGUCUGAAAAGCAGAAAGAACAGCUUCAGAAAUUGGAGAGUGAAAAUGCCAAAUUACUGACUCAAAUAACGGAUCUUAACAUCAAGCAUUCACGACUUACUGACGAUGACUACGCGCACACGGACUUGUUCAAGCAAUUGAAAUCCCAGUACGAUGACGUUGUUACUCGGAUCAACCACUUAGAAGCGACCAACGUGCAACUGCGAGAAGAAGCGGCAAAAUUCCGAUCGGAGCGAACCGCCUACCGCAAUCAGGUUGAUGAAGAGGCACAAAAUGCGAUCGCUGAGAAGGAGAUGCAAUUAAUGCGGGCAGAAACAGAUCUGGCACGGAUACGCAACGCGCGCGACGAACUUUUGGCGGACCAGCAAAUGCGGAAGGCUGCGCAAGAGCAGGAGAAAACUGCGGCUACAAAGGUGCAAGAACUUGCAGAUGCUGGACAGGCUCGGAUUACGGCGCUAGAGUCCGAGGUUCAAAGGUUGCGUAUGGAACUAGAUAAGGAGAAGAGCACAUCAAAAGGCGUCGAUGAGAUUCCGAUCGAAGAACUGCGUGCUAAGUUCAGCAACCUGGAACGUCAGUUUUCGAUGCUUAAUACCGAACUAUCCUCGAUGCAAGUCGCCUGCAAGAAGUACUCUUCAUUGGCAUCACAGAAAGUCACCGAUUUCAGUGCCUUGGAGGAGAAGGUCGCCCGACUCAUCGCGGAGAAGUCCAAGGCCGAUCAGAAAUAUUUCGCUGCAAUGAAGAGCAAAGAGGCCAGGGAUGUGGAGGUCCGCACCCUGCGCAUGCAAAAUGCGAAAACUUCGGACAUUGUGUCGCAGCUGAAGGAAUCCGAGGCAGCUACCCGUUCUCUGCUGGCCAACAUGGAAAAGCAAGUUAGCGAGACUAAGGAAGCACUGAAUUCGAUGAUGAAUAAGAAUUAUGCAGCCCAGCAGCAAGUCACAGAGAAAAACAUCACAAUUGAGGGCUUGAACCGGCAGGUGGCCGAACUCAAGGCGUUGUCAGCUUCCAAGGACUCGACAUUGGCUAGCACCUCGAGUGCUUGUCGCCAAGCGGAAACGGAGGUGGAAGGUCUGAAGGUGACCCUGGCGGAUACCAAGAAGAGCCUGGAGAACUGGAAGAACAAGAGUUUGGGGAACUCCUCGUCCGAAUAUGAAAUGCUGAGGACUCUGGCACUCUGCACUGUGUGUCGUCGCAACUUCAAGAACACGGCUAUCAAGACAUGUGGUCACGUGUUCUGCAAAGAAUGCGUAGAGGAGCGCCUCACAUCUCGGUCCCGAAAGUGUCCCAACUGCAACAAGUCCUUCGGUAACAACGAUUACAUGCAUAUCACACUGUGA